AUGGGACAGGGAAAGUUCGACCACCUUCCGCUUGCCGCCAAAGGUCCGCUCAAAGUACCUCUCUACGGCCGCGUGCUUCUGGACAAUCCCUUCUACAACAAGGGAACAUGCUUCACGUCACAGGAGCGUCUGGAUUUUGGCCUCAAGGGUCUCCUCCCUACCAAUAUCCAGAAACUCGAUGAACAGGUUAUGCGAGCCUAUCAACAGUACUGCAAUCAGCCAGAUGACCUUUCCAAGAACACCUUCAUGACCUCGAUGGCCGAGCAGAAUACCGUGCUCUACUACCGUCUCAUUCAAGAUCACCUGCGGGAAAUGUUUAGUAUCAUCUACACUCCAACCGAAGGUGAUGCAAUCGAGAAUUACUCGCGAGUCUUUCGCAGGCCGGAUGGCUGUUUUCUGAGUAUCAAGCAUCCGGACGAGGUGGAGGAGCGACUGAGUAAGUUUGUUAGCAAGAACGAGCCUGACGGCGGAGUCGACUACAUCGUUGUCAGUGACGGGGAAGAGAUCCUAGGAAUUGGCGAUCAAGGAGUUGGAGGCAUCCUGAUCAGCGUGGCCAAGUUGGCUCUGAUGACCAUCUGUAGUGGGCUGCAUCCGGACCGUACCCUCCCCGUCGUGCUCGAUACGGGAACGGACAACGAGAACCUUUUGAAUGACAACCUCUAUCUUGGUCAUCGCUUCAGACGCGUUCGAGGCCAACAAUACGACGAUUUCUGUGAUAAAUUCAUUCGCACAGCCAAAAAGCUCUAUCCGAAGGCUUACAUCCAUUUUGAAGACUUUGGUCUUCCUAACGCCAGAAGGUUGCUCGACAAAUAUCGCAGUGAGUUCCCUGUCUUCAAUGAUGAUAUCCAAGGAACCGGAUGCGUGACUCUGGCGGCUAUCAUGGCCGGCUUACAUAUAAACGGGGUGAAGAUGUCGGACUUGCGAGUGGUUAUUUUCGGAGCUGGGACUGCUGGGUGCGGAAUCGCUGAGCAAAUCCAAGCGGCCAUCGCCACUCAAUCCGAGAAGAGCAAGGAAGAUGUUGCGAACCAGAUAUGGUGUGUCGACAAGCCGGGAUUGCUUCUGGACAAUAUGGGAGACACCCUCUCCAUUGCACAGAAACCGUUUGCACGCAAGACAUCCGAAUGGCAAGGAAAGGACACCAAAUCCCUCGCGUCAAUAAUCGCGGAGGUUAAACCCCACAUCUUGAUUGGGACGUCCACAGUGCCCGGUGCUUUCAACAGGGAAGCCGUCCAGGAGAUGGCAAAGCAUGUCGAACGGCCAAUGAUAUUCCCGCUCAGCAAUCCUACACGUCUGCAUGAGGCUAAACCAGAAGACCUCAUCCGCUGGACUGAUGGUCGAGCUCUCGUUGCAACGGGAUCCCCUUUUCCGCCAGUCAGACACAAUGGUAGAGAGAUCGAAGUGGCGGAAUGCAACAACUCUGUCUGCUUCCCUGGGAUAGGUUUGGGUGGCGUCUUGUGUCGAACAAAAUUGGUGACGGAUAAGAUGCUUGUCGCAGCUGUGACUGCGCUGGCCAAGGAAGCCCCAGCCAUGCAAGAUCCGGAAAAGGCACUUGUUCCAGGUGUUGAACAGGCUCGGCCAGUCAGCGUCAAGAUUGCUAUGGCAGUGAUUCGAUGUGCAGUGGAGGAUGGACUGGCACAAGCAGCAGAUAUUCCCGUCGACUCUGAUGAGGAAUUACAAGAAUGGGUCGAGGCACAGAUGUGGGACCCAGUCUACCGUCCAUACGUGAGGCCUUGA